CGUUUUGGUUUCUUACACUAGGAAAAUAAAUUAAAAAAAAAUUGGGAAAUGAAUAAAAAGCGACAAUAACUGGAAUUUAUAGGACCCCAACCAACCACUUUCUCUUCUCGCAGAAUUUGAUUCCUCUCAGCUUCAACUUUCUAUCUUCCCUUCCUGUAGCAAUGUCUGAGAAAAUAACAGCCCAGAACUUACUGAACAACCUGGUAGAAACCAUUGCUGAAAAUGUUCCAAAGCAGAAAUCUGUAUCAUUUUUUGAUGACGAAAAGGUCACACCUCGUUUAAAUCGACUGUUUGGGCGCCAGAAGCCUGUACACCAUCUUUUAGGGGGUGGAAAAUCCGCUGAUGUUCUAUUGUGGAGGAACAAGAAAAUUUCAGCCAGUGUUCUAACUGGUGCAACAGCUAUCUGGGUGCUUUUUGAAUGGCUAAAUUACAAUUUUCUGAGCCUUGUAUGCUUUGCAUUGAUUUUCGGUAUGCUUGCUCAGUUUGUUUGGACAAACGCUUCAGGUUUAUUAAAUAGGUCACCAUCUAAAGUCCCUCGCCUUGUUUUGCCUGAUGAGAUAUUUGCCAACAUUGGCAUAGCAGUUAGCACUGAAGUUAACAGAGCUUUGGGCUUUCUUCAGGAUGUGGCUUGUGAAGGAAAUUUGAAACAUUUUCUUGUGGCUUUAGUAAGCUUAUGGGUGGCCGCUAUCAUUGGAAGCUGGUGCAAUUUUCUGACUGUUCUGUACGUUGGUUUUGUUGCUGCGCAUACGUUACCGGUCCUGUAUGAGAAGUAUGAAGACCAAGUUGAUGACUUUGCAUACAAGGUCUUUGACCAGCUUCGACAUAACUAUCAGAAGCUGGAUGCUGGUGUUCUAAGCAAGAUUCCCAAGGGGAAGCUCAAGGGUAAGAAGCAUGAGUAGAUGAACCAUUUAUGGAUCGAAUUGGCUUGGCCAAAUCUUUUAGUUAACUGAGUUUGCAAGUAAACAGUUUAUUGUAAUUUAUUAAAGAUUCCCUUAUGUAUUAAUGUUGAGCUGGUAGCCAAAUUAAAAAUAGCUUGUAAAUUGACAAUAAUGGAUGCAUGAGAAAUUUUCUUUUUUGUUUUCUCAGUAAAAUAAGAAAAUGUUUAUA